AUGGAAGCCAAAGGAGAAACCCAAUGGAGCUCUAUUAUAGUUCCUUCUGUUCAAGAGAUGGUUAAGGAGAAGACGAUCACGACCGUUCCUCUCUGGUAUAUAUCCGAUACCGAGAUCCCAAUCAUCGACAUGAAACGGUUAUGUUCUUCGACCGCCUUGGACUACUCUGAGGUUGAGAAACUCGACUUCGCUUGCAAAGAAUGGGGAUUUUUUCAGCUUGUAAACCAUGGAAUCGACUCAAGUUUUUUGGACAAGAUCAAGUCGAAGACUCGAGAUUUCUUCAACCUUCCUAUGGAAAGAGAAGAGGAAGCUGUGGCAGCAACCACAUGA